UCAAUGGCCCACGAAAGCAACCCAAAUGACACUAUUCCCGUCAUCGACAUCUCUUCUUCUUCCGCCGAAGUAGCUCAGCAAGUUCUCGACGCAGCCUCGUCCCACGGCUUUCUCUUCAUCAAGAACGAUGGAAUCACUAUUCCGCCGAAAGACAUCUCUGACAUGUUUGAGCUGUCUCGUCAAUAUUUCCAGCAGCCUGAUGAACAGAAGAGUGAAUUUGCCAUCCACUCGGAAAAAGCAGGCGGUAUCAAUCGCGGCUGGGUGAAGAUGCAAGGAGAGUCUCUAGAUCCAGAGGGCCAAAAACAAGGUGACCCAAAAGAAGCCUUCAACAUCGGCACACCACCCCCCAAUCAGUCCCUUCAACCCCUUCCUUCGCCCAUUUCAACCUCCUCACCACUUAUCUCACGCUUCCAAACCUCCUGCCACACGCUCUGCACGCGCAUCUUGACGCUCCUAAACAUCGCGCUACAAAUUCCAGAUUCAGACUAUUUCUCCUCACGUCACGACCAAUCACUUGGUCCGUCUGGAACCAUCUUCCGGAUGCUGUAUUACCCCGCUUCCCGUAAGCCAAAGCACAGUGAGAAGAGAGAGUCUAUUCGCGCGGGAGCGCACUCCGACUACGGCUCCCUAACCCUACUGUUCCGUCUCCCAGGCCAACCCGGCCUCGAGCUCUAUCAACAAGCUACCAACACCUGGAUUCCCGUUCCUGUCAAUCCUUCACCUUUGACGCUCGCUGAACCGCCUAUUCUUGUGAAUAUUGGAGAUUUGUUGUCGUUCUGGACCGGUGGGAUGCUGAAGAGUACCGUGCAUAGGGUUGCUUUCACGGGUGAUGAAGCGCAGGAGGAGAGGUACAGCAUGGCAUAUUUUUGUCAUCCGUUGGACGAUGCAGCGUUGGAGGCUGUACCGGGGCCAGUCAUAAGGGGGUUUGUAGAGAGUGGGAAAGGUGGAGCGGAGUUGGAGCGUCAGAGGGAGAGGCUGGGGUUGCAGAAGGGGGUGGAAGAGGUCUUGACGGCGAAGCAACAUUUGGAUAGGAGGUUGAAAGUCACGUAUAGGCUGAAGAAUUGA